UGAAUCAUCCGGUCAAUCGUAAGCAGAUUUCUUAUUUUCUAAUGCAGUCGAAAACUGUGUGUGAGUUCUUGUCGUAACUUUAUUUGUUUCGUCAGUAUUUUUAUAUCAUUUUACUAGAAUGAAUAGGCUGAAGAGAAGUUUAAGUUUAAGGAGUUCAAAGAGACACAUACCGGAGAGUGUGAGGCCACAAAUUUGGGAGAACGACAGUUAUAAAGUUCGGAAUGGAGGCGUUAGUUUCCCAGUUAAGUACGUGGGAUCGAUCGAAGUUACCGAGUCCAGAGGUACACAAGUUUGUGCAGAAGCUUUCAGAAAGAUGAAAGAAGUCGGGACAGGAAAAAAGAAGCGAAUGCAGUUGCUUGUCACGGCAGAUUGUGUACGAGUUGUGGACGAACAAACCAAGUCCCUGGUCAUUGACCAGACAAUUGAGAAAGUAUCAUUUUGUACUCCUGAUCCAAGUAAUGACAGAGUCUUCUCUUACAUCUGCCGUGAAGGAACUACAAGAAGAUGGAUGUGCCAUAGCUUUAUAGCUUUGAGAGACACAGGAGAACGUUUAAGCCAUGCAGUUGGCUGCGCAUUCACAGCCUGUUUGCAGAGAAAGCAGAAAGCUCAAGCUCUGCAGCAGCAACAUAAGGAGGGUCAACAGCAACAACAAGGACAGCCUCCAACCCAACAGGCUUCUACUGCAGCUGCUGAAACAGGGACACCAGCUGCAGCAAGCACCACACCAGUAGUUAAUGGAUCCAGUCCUCCAAAUCCAACUGCACAGCCGCCAUCCCCUGCACAAAUGAAACCCUCUGUCCCUGUCCCAUCUCCUAUGCCAGCAUCCACCACGGCUCCAAUCGCUGUGGCCUCAGUCCCAUCCAGUAUGACAACGCCUCCGAUUAAGAAUGGUGUUGUGACAACAGGAACACAGCAAGUACCGUCACCAGCUGAACCAAAGCAAAGUAAUGCUGGUACUCCUAUACUUAAACCUCCUCCCUCAGUUGCGAGACCACGUCCACAACCUUUUAACCCUUCACCUUUUACCCGUCACAUGUCACUGAGGUACCGCUCAAAUCCUCUGUCUUUUAUGCCUCUACGCAACGACACAAGUGGCUACGAAACAUUAACAGAAGAACCAGCAGUUCCACAGUUGCCUCCAACUGUUGAUGCCCUUAUGCUACAGAAAAACACACCCACCCCUUUAUCAACCUCAUUUGGAACACCAGUCUCAAAAGGACCAGCAAUGCAGAACAGUGCUCCAAGUCAACCAACUUCCAUCUUUAAUGGGCUGAAUUCUAACUCAACAUCAACAAUGCAAGCACCCAAUACUAUACUGAACUUAAGUCAAAGAAGCAGUGUUCCAAAUACAGUGCCUCCAUUACAGCCCCAACCUGUUCAGGGGGCAACUCCCCAAGUCAAUGGGUCAGGCUCAUGGAGUGUCUCUAGCCAAGUACAGAGGCAGAAGCCUCUAUCAGAGGCUGAAAUGUGGCUGGCGUCUGCUUCAGUCGACACCACACAGCCAGCCAAGACAAUGCAACCAAAUCAGGGAUUGCUGACUACAGUCAAUCCAUUUGCAGAAACAGCAUCCCACAUUGAUGCUCUUUCAAAUGCAUGGACACGUGAUAUGCAGUCCACACUGCCAAGUGCGUCACCACAAGGGACAACUGGCUGGUCGUCAUCAUCAAAAUGGGGACCAAGUGCUGUACGUCAAACAAAUGGAGAAGAUGACUUCGCAUCAUUCUUUUCCUCAAGGCAAACAAGCCCCCCUCCUCACGCACCUCUCAGUAAGAAAGAUUCCAACCCAUUUUCACCAACUCAAGAUCAAGUAUUCUGGGUGUGAUGAGGAAAUUCAUGGACAAGGUGACAUUUUUAGUUCUUGGCGGGAAUUUUUACACAGCUUUUAACAUGAAUAGUGAUCCUUUUAACCUUUCGUCUCUGUACCAAAAAAAAAAAUAAUAAUAACAAGCCAAGCCAGGACCAGAGAAUUGAAAAUUUCAACAGCAUGGCCAUCCUGUUAAUGGUGGUCCUGAAUUUAAACAGCUAUGGUCAUUGGCAUUUGUGAAACUGAGCAGGGUCAAGUUUUGUUCAGAACUGCCCUCACCCAGAUGUGAUCAUGCCACCCAGUCAGCUAUUAUUUUCAAGCCUCAUACUGUACAAACGGAACAAUAAUAAGAGGUUUGAACUACCUUUUGAGCGACAGUUGUGCAAAGGACCUUAGCUUAAAAAUUUUUUUAUCCAUUUUUUUUUUUUUAGCAAGAUUUUUAGAUGUACCUCAGUAUGUGAAGUAGUCACUGAUUUCAGAAUUUCAAAGAAUGGGUUGAGAAAUAAGGAGGUUUUCUAACACUCGACAUGAUAAGAAUGUGAAAAUAAAGUAGGCUCAAGAACAUCUCUGGAAGAUGACUGCAAAUGAUAAGUACUGUAUUUCAAACUGAUUGUACACCAAAAUUUAAAGACCACAUGACACAUUUUUAUCAAAAGAGUGUUAUUUGUUUUUAGAGAGGAAUUUGGUCCGGCAAGGAUUGUACAGAUAAUGCACAUCGAGUAUCUAAUACAAUUGUUGUUGAGAGCUCAUAUGACCUAAACCUCUGUAACUAUUAUGUUUCCAAAUAUGUAGAAAUCUUUUCACACAACAAGCAUGGGAUCUACUUUAUUUCCUGCAUUUCACACAUGUAUAUCUCUGAGAUUUUAUUUUUUUGAAAGUGGAAAUGAAGUUGCAGAGGUUUUCUCUUAACAUAAUUUGGGUAUAUAAAAAUUUUCAUGCUUAUAAAUAUGUUUAUUGUACAAAUACAAGGUUGAUGUUUCUGAAUUUAAUGCAAGUAGAGGGUUUGUGAAAUGACUUCGCAACUACCUUAGGACUUUGUUGGCUUAUGACAUUAUUAUUAUUAUUAUUAUUAUUAUUAUUAUUAUUUUUUUUUUUUUUUUUUGCUCAUUCCCAAAAGUAUCAGCUGCUUUGAAGAGACUUUGAGGUUACUGGUCAGUCAUCCCCCAAAAGUGAACAAUUAAAAAAUUGUUGUUUACCUACAUGCACUUUGAACGAAAAAAUAGUACAAAAUCUUUUAACGGCAAAUUUUUAUUUAACUAAUAAGACGUCCAGGUGUUUUCGUUUUAGGUUGAAUUUAUGACAUGAAAAUGUGGUUUGUGGUAAUUUUAUGAAGGUGACAAGAAUCUAUUCUAAAUAUUUAGUGCAUACCAGAACAUUACAUGUCCUGAUUGUUUAAAGGGCUGAAUGAAGAAGGUUAGCCUUGUUCCUUGCCCAGUUAACUAUCUUAAAAAUUGUUCAAAAUGAUUCUAUUGAUUAUUUGCUUUGUCUUAGACGUGUAGCCUUUUAGAUUCUUACCCAUCUUUCAAUGCAAGGAAAUGUGAGGUGUUAACCCCUUAACUCAAGAAGUGAUUAACAUGUAACUUCUCCCUGUAAUAUCCAUACAGUAUCUAGCAAACAGGUAAUGAGAAUACUUAAACUUAUCAGGCUGAGGUUUUUUAUCUUGAUCUCACAAGCAAAUUCUUGUAACUAAUUUACCAGGAAAUGUGUAGCAGCAAGAUGGGAGAAUUGGUGAUCAGAUCUUGGGAGGUAAAGGGCUAAAAUCAUUUCAACUAAACAACUGUGUAGUUUAUACAGACAUUCCAUUCUUAUAAACGAUACCUAUUGUUUUCUCAUUGAGUAUUGUGAGAAUACAGGUGCUUGUGGAAAAUUUACAUUUAUAAGUGAUUACACAAGCUCUGUUGGUAUUUUCACCGUUCUGUACUAUUUUGUCAAGAUUAUUUUUGAUCCAGAUUCCGUUGAGGUCAAGCUAGCCUGAAAUAGGUAACCCAGAUUGCUUAGUUUUCCGUACAUGACACGUUCACACACUGCAUACAAACCUGCAAAAACAAAAACUAAAAUUAAAUUUAAAUAAGUAAGAGUGCUGUCCAUCAGUCCAGUCAGGAUUGAUGUUGGCUUCACAAUGGCAAGAUCACAGCUAAUGGAGCAGUUUUCACGAAAUUGCAUUUACAUGGCAAGUCUAGCUUACCAAGCCAAAUAUACCUUUUUAACAAGCCUCUGAGGAAAAAAAAAUAAGGGGCGUAGUGUGCGCUAUGCUAUCAAAAGUAAGGAAAGUUCUUUUGAAAUUUGUAAUUAUCUAAAGUGCACUUACCUUUUAAGAUCCACUAAUGAUAAUUUUAUUGUAAUAUAAUUUUAUAAUGUAGUCUUCCCUAAUAAGAUUUAAGCUUCCGGAUUGUCAAGUCUUUUGCAAUCUUUAAUUCUGUAACUGAUCCAUUGUAGUGCAGAGUUUCCACUCACAUUGUAGUACAACUGGUUGAUUGUAAUGUAAAUUCGUAGGUGAUAUUAUAUGUUAUGUUAUGAUAUGUAGUGAUGUUUUUAGUGGUGCUUCAAAUCAGCAAGUGGUUAAUAGUAAAAUAGAGUAAUCCCUGCGUA